CGCCGCGCCGCUGUCCGCCAACUCGGAAGCUCGCGCUCCCGGGCCGUGGGGGCGAGAACGCCGGCGGCGAGCCGGCGUCGCUCGCCGCCCCCAGACAGCCGCAAACUUCGCGGCGUCCCCGGAGCUCGUCCGGGCGAGGUGGAUCACAAAUAAGAUCCAAUCCAAUCCCCCCUUCCCAACCCGAAGGAUGGAGGCUGCGGCCGCAGGAGUGCCCCCGCCGCCGCCGGCCCCUGCCCGCUAGCCAGGGACCAACAGCGCCACAGCGAGCGAGCGAGCGAGCGGAGGGGGAGAGAGGGAGUCUGUCUGCAAAGUGCUGCUCCCUGGUGCUCAGAGGCGGCUGCUCCAACUCUCAUUCAUUUCGCCGGUUAACAUGAGAGAUCAUGGCCGCCUUCGGGCUUCUCAGCUAUGAGCAGAGACCGCUGAAGCGCCCCCGGCUCGGGCCGCCCGACGUCUACCCGCAGGACCCCAAGCAGAAAGAGGAUGAACUCACUGCUGUGAAUGUAAAGCAAGGCUUCAACAAUCAGCCAGCCUUCACUGGAGACGAACAUGGCUCAGCCAGGAAUAUUGUAAUUAACCCGUCAAAGAUUGGAGCUUAUUUUAGCAGCAUAUUAGCUGAGAAACUAAAGCUUAACACUUUCCAAGAUACUGGAAAGAAGAAGCCGCAAGUUAAUGCUAAAGAUAAUUAUUGGCUGGUUACUGGUCGGUCCCAGAGUGCAAUUCACAGCUGGUUCUCUGACUUAGCAGGAAAUAAACCACUUGCUAUUUUGGCAAAAAAGGUUCCCAUCCUUAGUAAAAAGGAGGAUGUUUUUGCAUAUUUAGCUAAAUAUUCAGUGCCAAUGGUUCGAGCAACGUGGCUAAUCAAGAUGACUUGUGCCUAUUAUUCUGCUAUUUCCGAAGCUAAAAUGAAGAAACGUCAGGUUCCUGAUCCCAAUUUGGAGUGGACACAAAUAUCUACCAGAUACCUUCGAGAACAGUUGGCCAAGAUUUCUGACUUCUACCACGUGGCCUCCAGUGCUGGCGAUGGCCCUGUCCCUGUGCCCCCGGAGGUGGAGCAAGCCAUGAGGCAGUGGGAGUACAACGAGAAGCUGGCGUUUCACAUGUUCCAGGAAGGAAUGCUGGAGAAACACGAAUACCUGACGUGGAUCCUGGAUGUCUUAGAGAAGAUCAGACCCAUGGAUGACGACCUCCUUAAACUCCUGCUGCCCCUGAUGCUGCAGUACUCAGAUGAGUUCGUGCAGUCGGCCUACCUGUCUCGCCGUCUCGCCUACUUCUGUGCCCGGCGUCUCUCCUUGCUGCUCAGCGACAGCCCCACCCUCCUGGCUGCCCACUCCCCCCACAUGAUGAUAGGACCAAACAGCUCGAGUAUCGGGGCCCCCAGCCCAGGCCCCCCCGGCCCUGGCAUGAGCCCCGUGCACCUGGCCUUCUCAGAUUUUCUCUCCUGUGCACAGCAUGGUCCCCUGGUUUAUGGACUUAGUUGUAUGUUACAGACUGUCACUCUCUGUUGCCCAAGUGCCUUGGUGUGGAAUUACUCCACGAAUGAAAAUAAGAGCGCCAACCCAGGCUCACCCCUGGACCUGCUGCAGGUGGCCCCUUCCAGCCUCCCCAUGCCGGGUGGGAACACAGCUUUCAAUCAGCAGGUUCGGGCAAGGAUUUAUGAGGUAGAACAGCAGAUAAAACAAAGAGGCCGUGCAGUGGAGGUGCGGUGGUCUUUUGACAAGUGCCAGGAGUCAACAGCAGGGGUGACUAUUAGUCGGGUUUUGCACACAUUGGAAGUCUUAGAUCGUCAUUGUUUUGACCGGACUGAUUCCAGCAAUUCGAUGGAGACGCUUUAUCAUAAGAUUUUCUGGGCAAACCAAAACAAAGAUAACCAAGAGGUUGCCCCCAACGAUGAAGCUGUGGUGACGCUGUUGUGUGAGUGGGCCGUGAGCUGCAAGCGGUCGGGCAAGCACAGGGCCAUGGCAGUGGCCAAACUCCUGGAGAAGAGGCAAGCGGAAAUCGAGGCCGAGAGAUGUGGGGAAUCAGAAGUCUUGGAUGAGAAGGAGUCUAUCUCUUCAGCCUCUCUUGCUGGUUCCAGUUUGCCUGUUUUCCAGAAUGUUCUGUUAAGAUUUUUGGAUACACAGGCUCCUUCAUUGUCGGAUCCCAACAGUGAAUGUGAAAAGGUGGAAUUUGUGAAUCUGGUGCUGCUCUUCUGUGAGUUCAUCCGCCAUGACGUCUUCUCCCAUGACGCCUACAUGUGCACCCUCAUAUCGCGAGGAGACCUGUCGGUCACGGCCUCCACCCGGCCACGGUCGCCAGCCGGGGAGAAUGCAGAUGAACACUAUUCAAAAGACCAUGAUGUGAAGAUGGAGGAGCAGAGUAUUAUGGCGCAUAUGGGCAUUGACUCAGGACCCACUAACAUUUUUGAUGAAGUAGACAAGAGUGACUUUAAAACUGACUUUGGUUCGGAAUUUCCAAUUUUUUCCCCCAUGCCUGGAGAGUCCUGUGAGAAUGCCAACCCUUCCUUGGGCAGAAGAAUGUCAGUUAACAGUGAGAAGUUGGUGAAGAGGGAAAAACCGAGGGAAUUAAUUUUCCCAUCUAAUUAUGACCUCCUCCGUCACCUGCAGUAUGCAACACAUUUUCCUAUACCUCUGCGGUUCCAAACUGGUGCAACAAGGGUGUUGCCAGUGGAGGCUGAGGAUGAAUCCUCAAGUCAUGAAUGUAAUCAGCGCACAAUCCUUCUCUACGGAGUCGGCAAAGAGCGUGACGAAGCGAGGCAUCAGCUGAAGAAGAUUACCAAAGAUAUCCUGAAAAUCCUGAAUAAGAAGAGCACCACGGAGACCGGGGGUGGGGAUGAAGGACAAAAAGCCAGGAAGAACAAGCAAGAAACUUUCCCAACACUGGAGACUGUGUUCACAAAACUCCAGCUCCUUUCGUACUUUGACCAGCAUCAGGUCACAUCUCAGAUCUCUAACAAUGUGCUCGAACAAAUCACAAGCUUUGCAUCGGGAACAUCUUAUCAUCUCCCUCUGGCUCACCACAUUCAGCUCAUCUUUGAUCUCAUGGAACCAGCACUGAACAUCAAUGGGCUCAUUGACUUUGCAAUACAGUUACUGAAUGAGCUGAGUGUUGUAGAAGCAGAACUGCUCCUGAAGUCCUCCAGCCUGGCGGGCAGCUAUACCACGGGACUGUGCGUGUGCAUCGUGGCCGUUCUCCGGCGGUACCACAGCUGUCUGAUCCUGAACCCUGAGCAGACAGCGCAGGUGUUUGAAGGGUUGUGUGGUGUGGUAAAGCAUGUUGUAAACCCCUCGGAAUGCUCCUCCCCCGAAAGAUGCAUCUUAGCCUACCUCUACGAUCUCUAUGUGUCAUGUAGCCACCUCAGAAGCAAAUUUGGAGACCUCUUCAGUAGUGCCUGUUCAAAAGUAAAGCAAACCAUUUAUAAUAAUGUGAUGCCUGCAAAUUCUAACUUGCGAUGGGACCCGGACUUCAUGAUGGAUUUUAUUGAGAAUCCCUCGGCUCGUAGCAUCAACUACUCAAUGCUGGGCAAGAUCCUUAGUGACAAUGCGGCCAAUCGCUACAGCUUUGUCUGCAAUACUCUCAUGAAUGUAUGUAUGGGCCAUCAGGAUGCUGGAAGGAUCAACGACAUAGCCAAUUUCUCCUCGGAGCUGACAGCAUGCUGCACUGUCCUUAGCUCGGAGUGGCUAGGAGUCCUGAAGGCUCUUUGUUGCUCAUCAAAUCACGUGUGGGGAUUUAAUGAUGUACUUUGCACUGUCGAUGUGAGUGACCUUUCAUUCCAUGAUUCAUUAGCUACUUUCAUUGCUAUUCUGAUAGCACGACAGUGUUUUUCCCUGGAGGACGUCGUGCAGCACGUUGCACUUCCCUCUCUCCUAGCAGCAGCCUGUGGAGAUGCGGACGCAGAGCCUGGGGCGAGGAUGACCUGCCGACUGCUGCUCCACCUCUUCCGAGCUCCCCAAGCCUACUUCUUCCCUCAAUCAGCGGGCAAACCUUUCCCCGGAAUAAGAUCAUCUUGUGAUAGACACCUCUUAGCCGCUGCUCACAACAGCAUCGAAGUGGGAGCCGUGUUUGCUGUCUUAAAAGCAAUUAUGAUGCUUGGAGAUGCCAAAAUUGGCAGUAACAAUGUCAGCUCUUUAAAGAACGAGGACUUCACCAUGAGGGGUUUACGUCGUGACGGCAAUGCUGAUGAUAUCUGGACUGCCUCACAGAAUUCAAAAGCCUGCGGGAAAAGCAUUUCUAUAGAAACUGCCAAUUUAAGAGAAUAUGCUAGAUAUGUACUGAGGACUAUCUGUCAACAGGAAUGGGUAGGAGAACAUUGCCUAAAAGAACCUGAAAGAUUGUGUACAGACAAAGAACUUAUAUUGGACCCCGUGCUUUCCAAUAUGCAAGCACAGAAAUUACUGCAGCUUAUCUGUUAUCCCCAUGGAAUUAAAGAGUGUACUGAAGGGGACAACCUUCAAAGACAGCACAUUAAGCGCAUUCUUCAGAAUCUUGAGCAGUGGACACUGAGACAGUCUUGGCUAGAACUUCAGUUAAUGAUCAAACAGUGCUUGAAGGACCCUGGCUCCGGUUCUGUGGCUGAGAUGAACAAUCUCCUGGACAACAUUGCAAAGGCCACGAUAGAGGUGUUCCAGCAGUCUGCCGACCUGAAUAACAGCGCGUCUAAUUCGGGCUUGAGCCUCUUCAACCCAAACAGCAUCGGAAGUGCUGAUGCAAGUAGCACCAGACAGAAUGGAAUCAAGACGUUUCUAAGCUCCUCUGAACGCAGGGGUGUGUGGCUGGUGGCUCCCCUCAUUGCCAGGCUGCCGACCUCUGUGCAGGGAAGAGUGUUGAAAGCUGCUGGGGAAGAGCUGGAGAAAGGGCAGCACUUGGGCUCUUCUUCAAAAAAGGAGAGAGACAGACAAAAACAGAAAAGCAUGUCACUUUUGAGCCAGCAGCCUUUCCUCUCACUGGUUCUUACCUGCCUCAAGGGACAAGAUGAACAACGGGAAGGCCUCUUAACAUCCCUCCAGAACCAAGUUAACCAGAUUUUAAGUAACUGGAGAGAAGAACGAUACCAGGAUGACAUAAGGGCACGGCAGAUGAUGCACGAAGCCUUGCAGUUGCGCCUAAAUCUGGUGGGAGGAAUGUUUGACACGGUGCAGAGGAGCACGCAGUGGACCACGGACUGGGCCCUCCUCCUCCUGCAGAUCAUCACCUCGGGGACUGUUGACAUGCACACCAACAAUGAAUUAUUCACAACAGUUCUUGACAUGCUGGGUGUUUUAAUCAAUGGGACAUUAGCCUCUGACCUAUCAAAUGCAUCCCCAGGGGGAUCUGAAGAGAACAAGCGUGCAUAUAUGAAUUUAGUAAAGAAACUGACGAAAGAGCUAGGAGACAAGCGGUCAGAAAGUAUUGACAAAGUUCGACAGUUGCUACCUUUGCCGAAGCAGACGUGUGAUGUCAUCACUUGUGAGCCUAUGGGUUCCUUGAUCGACACGAAGGGCAACAAAAUUGCUGGAUUUGACUCUAUAGAUAAAAAACAGGGUCUCCAGGUCUCCACGAAGCAGAAGGUGUCCCCGUGGGACUUGUUUGAGGGUCAGAAGAACCCAGCUCCCCUGUCCUGGGCCUGGUUUGGGACUGUCCGAGUGGACCGCAAGGUGAUCAAGUACGAAGAGCAGCACCACCUCCUUUUGUACCACACACACCCCAUGCCCAAGCCCCGAAGUUACUACCUCGAGCCGCUGCCCCUGCCUCCCGAGGAGGAAGAGGAGGAGCCCACAUCUCCAGUUUCUCAGGAACCAGAGAGAAAAUCAGCCGAGCUGUCAGAUCAGGGAAAAACCGCAACGGAUGAAGAGAAGAAGACAAAGGGAAGGAAGCGUAAGACGAAGUCCAGCUCAAGAGUUGAUGAGUAUCCACAGAGCAACAUAUACCGAGUGCCUCCGAAUUACUCACCCAUUUCCUCCCAAAUGAUGCACCAUCCGCAGUCCACCUUGUGGGGCUACAACCUCGUGGGACAGCCCCAGCAGCCGGGCUUUUUCCUUCAGAACCAGUCUCUCCCUGCAGGCGGCUCCAGAUUGGACCCUGCGGGCUCCUUCGUCCCAUCCAAUACCAAGCAAGCUCUGUCCCACAUGCUGCAGCGGCGCUCGGGCGCCAUGAUGCAGCCGCCUGCCCUGCACACCAUCACGUCGCAGCAGCAGCUGAUACAGAUGAAGCUUCUGCAACAGCAGCAGCAGCAGCGCCUCCUCAGGCAAGCGCAGACUCGUCCUUUCCAACAGGGCCAGCCGGGGGACCAGGCUGCUCUCUUUGCUGCACAAGCACGGCCCUCCCUCCAACUCCCUCAGUAUCCAGGGCUGCAGCAAGCACAGACCAUGCCUCAGGGCUAUACGAUGUAUGGAACCCAGAUGUCCUUGCAGCAGACAGCCCAGCAGCAGGCCGGCAGCGUGGUCCUGUCUCCCAGCUACAACUCCCGGGCCUACCCAGCAGCACAUUCCAGCCCCGCACUGAUGGAGAGACUCCGGCAGAUUCAGCAGCAGCCCACCAGCUACGUUCAGCAGCAGACCUCGCCCUACCUGCAACCCUUCCCAGGCUCUCAGAGAUUGAACCAUCAGGCUUUACAGCAGAGCCCUCUGGUGGGUGGAGGAAUCGACGCUGUGCUGACUUCCGCACAUCCCAACCUCCCCUCGGUGCCCCUGCCUCAGGACCCCAUGAGGCCCCGACAGCCGCAAGUUAGACAGCAGCAAAGACUCCUCCAGAUGCAGCAGCAGCCUCCCCAACCCCAGCAGCCCCCACAGCCCCCGCAGUCCUCGCAGCCCCAGAGUCAGCCCCUUGGUCUCCAAGCAAUGCAGCCCCAGCAGCCUUUGUUCCCCAGGCAAGGCUUGCAGCAGACACAGCAGCAGCAGCAGACGGCAGCCCUGGUGCGGCAGCUCCAGAAGCAGCUUUCUAGUAACCAGCCACAGCAAGGAGUGACUCCCUAUGGGCAUCCUUCACAUUUCUGAAUCUGGAAGAGGAGAAACAUGAACUUUUAUGUUUGCACUGGAAAAUAGAAAAUCAUAUUUAAUGUAUUAGACAUCCUUAGACAUGUCUCUUUGUUCUCUUUUAAUUUUACGCUACACUUCAUACAGAGGUACUUGAACGGAAAAUGGAGGGGGAGUUGUGGUUUGGUUUUGUCUCAUUCAGGACUAACGUAGGCUGAGGGGCAUGGGUCAUGCAGGCCUACUCCAGGAGGAAUGUGCUAGCAGACCUUGGAGACUCGGUGCUUUUUCUUGAAUCACCCAUUUAUAGAGAGAAUGAGAUGGUGGGUUUAACUCUUUGUGUGCUCAUUAAUGAUGAAGUUUGUUUCUUCCAAACUGGGUGGACCAAACUACUGAUCUGAACAGCAUGUUAGAUCUUGGCAGGAAAAGUGGCCUGAGCAUUCUGCUUCAACCUGUGAUGGUGACGUGGGUGUUGAUUAGCAUCACUCUAAUUUGAAAUGUUCAAAAUGUUCACAAGCACUUUAUCAACUUUGUUCUUAUUUAUGUAGGACUUUUCUUUGCUUCUGUCAUGGUCAAAAGGUGCUGAAACAGAUGGUUGCUUAGUACUCAAACUUUCUUAAUCCAAGGCUCCUGGGAGCACCACCCUGCGAAGUGUGGGAGCCUCUCGGGUCCAGCUGAGCGGACUUGUUUCCAUUGCUGAGGGCGAUGGCCUUAGCCUUUGUGGGGUGAAACAUGUAAAUUCUAAAGGCCUGAAGGAACCACGGUGGAAUCGUCCCAUUUAUUUAUUGCCAGUUUUGGCAAAAAUGACUGUGUCCAGUUUUGGUUCUCCUGAAUCUUAUGCCAAUUUGGAGGGGGUGGGGGGGCGAAUUGUGCGACUGGCUUGAGAUUCCACAGUGUCCUAACUUGACAUGGGUUCCAGAGACUCUGGCCCUGAAGUCCAGAAGGUUCUGGUUUUCAUAAAAGGUGUAUUUGCUGUUUAUUUUGUAUGGUAAGUAUUUGCUAUUUUGAAUUUAAUUAUCAAUGUUGGUGUCAGUCUUGGGUUGUGUAUUGCAUAUACUGUAUUUAUAAAUUGGUGCAAAAAGCACAAGUAAAGUAAAUUAUACAUCAAAUUUAUUAUAAAGAAAUAGUAACUAUUUUAACUUUGUUCAAGUAUGUGGUAAUUUGCUCCUAUUAAAGUAUAAAAAUACAGUAAAUUAUUAUCAGUUUGUGUAACUUAAGAGUAUUCCAUAUAAUAUUUUUUUAGAUUUAGAUGCAUAAAAUUUUGAAUGUGAAAAUUGCAGGGCAUUUGAAAACAUAUGUGGGGGAUAUUUUCCCAUGUUCUGUGUUUUUUCUUUGGCCAUAUGAUUUUACAUAUAACGUAGUUUAAGCAGACUGUGAAUAGAUUUGUCUAUAAUAAGCAAACCACAUAGAACUACUUUUUUUAAAUGUAGCUGGUAUAACUUUAGUAGACAAUUUCUUUUGCAAAUCAUUAUAUGAAUAAUUUAUAUCUUCCUAGGUGAGUUACUUAUUGCAAAGUUUGACUCAUGCAAAUGACCUCAAAUACAUGUCAGCUUACUUUGCUGUGGCAACAUCCAUGUGAAACUGCUUUGUACACUGUGAAGAGAUUUCCCUCCAGCCUGCUCAUUUUGUGUUGACUCUGGGCUGGCAAAGACUUUGCCAAAACAUUAAAGACCAUUCUUUUCACUAAAU